GAUACUUCAACGCCACCGGACAGCCGGGGUCUGGAACUAGCUCAAGUCUAUUACGCCUCCUGCACCAACGAACAUGAAAUUGACCAGCUCGGAUUAAAGCCACUUCAAGAUGUUCUGAUCCGAAUGUUUAAAGGCUGGAGGUUGCUGCCGCCCGAUACGCCGGGCUCCAGAUCUGACCCGGAGGAUCCCUUUACACCGGAGAAGUUUGAUCUAACAGAGUUGAUAGGGCGGUUCCUUCAGUUCGGACAUGGAAUCGAUAUAUUCCAGUUACUUGUUGAAAGAGAUCCGAAAAAUUCCAGUCGCUUUUCUAUCACGCUUGCUCCUGGGGUUGUCAGUAUGCAACCGGAAUACUACCUCGAGACAUCCGACGAUAAGAUCAUCCGAAUUGUGCAGUACUUCAAGGAUUUUAUGAGUAAUUACUCAAUAAUGCUGGGGGUCAACAAAACGGAGUUGGGAGCGUUGGAGAAGGUUUUUGAGCUAGAGACGCAGAUUGCCAAGAUACACUGGGAAAGGCUAUUAACAAACCUAUUCAAACCCGUCAAUUAUACUGUCAAACCAACAGAAACGGUCAUUAUUGGAGAUCGUGCAUUUUUUGAGAAACGCUGCAAGAUUUACGAGGAGUACCUAAAGUCUGCAGAUACAAUAAAAACACUCCACGACGCGGCAGUCUGGCGCAUAUUGUGGUCCACUAGCCCCUACAUGCCAACCAUCGUUCGCAAGAAAUUUGAAAUCUAUGAACAGGCCAACACAGGCGAGGCUCUUUUGUCUGCCAAUUUCCUUCAGCUAAAUCUCAUUCAUGUGUUCAUACUUAUUUCUCCUUUGAAUUGCCUCCCUCCCCCCCUUUUUCCAACGACAUUGUUGGGCAGUGCAUUUCAGGUUGUCCCAUUUGCUGAACAAUAG